UCCCGCAUCUCAAACAGAAAAGUCCACGCUAGAAGCUCUCAAAACGGGUUAUCGUCAUGUAUGAUCGCAGCAACCGAGUAUGAACACUAGCUGAUGUCCCAGGUAGGUAGACUCCGCGAUCAUGUACCGCAACGAAAAAGCCUGCGGCCGGGCAAUCCAGAACUCCGGCCUCGAUCGCUCCGAGGUCUUCUUCACGACGAAGAUCCCGCCGGGCUCGAUGGGGUACGAGCGCACCAAGCGCGCGGUCGAGUCUAGUCUGAGAGAAGCCGAGGUGGAUUAUUUUGAUCUAAUCCUCAUCCACGCUCCCUACGGCGGCAAGAACGCCCGCCUUGGUUCCUGGCGCGCUCUUGUUGAGGCGCAGGCAGCCGGGAAGACACGCUCGAUCGGCGUCUCGAACUACGGUAUCCAUCACCUCGACGAAUUGGAAGAGUACAUCAAGGGCGGCGAGGGCCGGGGCAAGAUCGACGUCGGGCAGUACGAGCUGCACCCAUGGCUGGAUAGAUCUGAGAUCGUCGCUUGGCUUAAGAAACGCGAUAUCGUGGUCGAGGCGUACUCGCCGCUGGCGCAUGGGUAUCGGCUCAACGAGCCUGUUUUGAAGACCUUGGGGAAGAAACACGGCAAGUCUCCUGCGCAGAUUAUGAUCCGGUGGAGCUUGCAGAAGGGGUUUGUUGCGCUCCCCAAGUCUGUGACGCCGGCACGCAUUCAGCAGAACGCGGAUGUCUUUGAUUAUGAGCUGUCGGAGGAGGAUAUGCAGGCGCUCAAUACGGGGGAGUAUUCGCCGACGGAUUGGGAUCCUACUGUCGAGUAUGACUGAUGUCGUGCGGAUUGAUAUGUUGUGCUAAGAAUUGUAUGAAAUAUCAAUGCGUAGUAUAUUUAGUUAAAGACAUGCCAAUGCUGCAACAAUCAGUGAUAUUCUCUCGUAGAUUGAGCCUUCCGACUUAUUGCGAAAUGUUUUCUAUUGCCAUUUACCGCAUAUGCAUCCCAAUCUGACACAAGCG